ACACUGCAUCCGUUUGUGCCGCCGGUAACGGUGUCCUGACCUCCACACUACCCAAGAUCACACUUGAAGUCUUCUAGACUAUAACCUAGCAUCUCAUAUCAGUUUAAAGUCCACUUCCCAGUUUCUUUUCGAGUUUGUUUUGGACUGUCCCAUCAUGCGUCUCCAGUUUGUGCUUUGCGUAACGGCCCUGCUCAUCUCCCCAUAUCUGGUCGCCGAGGCGCGGAUAGCCAAACGCUUCGCCAUCGGCUGCCCGGAGAAGUGCGACAAGUCGCAGUGCGCGCCGAUCCCCGCUGACUGCUUGGCCGGCGACGUGCUGGACCGCUGCGACUGCUGCCCGGUGUGCGCGUCCGGCGAGGGCGAGCAGUGCGGUGGCACCGGAGACCGUGAGUGCGCCGAGGGGAUGGAGUGCGUGGUGACCGACGGCGUGGAGGUGUCCGCCACCGUCAGGCGGAGGGGCAAGGCCGGUGUGUGCUCGUGCACCAGCUCCGAGCCGGUGUGCGGCAGCGACGGCGUCUCGUACCGGAACAUCUGCGAGCUGAAGCGCGUCAGCGACCGGGCGACGAAGCUGCAGCAGCCGCCGGUGAUUUUCAUUCAGAGAGGAGCCUGUGGGAAAGGUCAGCAGAACCCUGACAGUCUUCGUUACAAGUACAACUUCAUCGCUGACGUGGUGGACAAGAUUGCACCUGCUGUUGUUCAUAUUGAACUGUACCGCAAAAUGAUAUUUUCUAAGCGGGAGGUGGCAGUAGCCAGCGGCUCUGGGUUUGUUGUGUCAGAGGACGGACUCAUUGUCACCAACGCCCAUGUGGUGGCCAACAAGCACCGAGUAAAGGUGGAGCUGAAGAGCGGAGCCACAUUCGACGCCAAGAUCAAAGAUGUGGAUGAGAAGGCCGACAUCGCUCUGAUCAAGAUCGAUGCACCGAUGAAGCUGCCGGUGCUGCUGCUCGGCCAGUCGGCGGACCUGCGUCCUGGUGAGUUCGUGGUCGCCAUAGGCAGCCCGUUCUCCCUGCAGAACACCGUCACCACCGGCAUCGUCAGCACCACCCAGAGGGGAGGCAAGGAGCUGGGCCUCCGCAACUCCGACAUGGACUACAUCCAGACCGACGCCAUCAUCAACUACGGCAACUCUGGAGGACCACUAGUCAAUCUGGAUGGAGAAGUGAUUGGCAUCAACACUCUGAAGGUCACAGCAGGAAUCUCCUUCGCCAUCCCCUCAGACAAGAUCAGACAGUUCCUGGCAGAGUCACAUGACAGACAGGCCAAAGGUAAAACAUUCCAGAAGAAGAAAUACAUCGGCGUCAGAAUGAUGAGUCUCACGCCAACGCUGGCUAAGGAACUGAAGGAGAGGCAGUCAGACUUCCCAGAUGUCACCUCUGGGGCGUAUGUCAUUGAGGUCAUCAGCCGGACUCCAGCUGAAGCAGCUGGCCUGCAGGAGAGUGAUGUCAUCAUCAGCAUCAAUGGCGAGCGAAUCACCUCUGCCAGUGAUGUCAGCGCCGCCAUAAAGCAGGAUGAGACGCUGCGAAUGGUGGUGAGGCGAGGUAACGAGGACGUCAUCCUCACCAUCAUCCCCGAGGAGAUCGAGCCUUGACCUCUCAGCUGAAUGAGCAAGUAAUCAACUCAACAGCCCAACCAGUCAACCAAUCCCAAGCUGGCUCUCAGUGUUUUUCAACCAAUCAUGAACACUUUGAAAAACCAAGCAACCAACAGGGGUGUGUGUGUGUCUGGGGCCACACCUACUGCGUUUAAGAACUUGUAAUUAUUAGUACUACUACUACUCUUCCAUGGUGUUAUCCUCACACAGACCUUCACAGGUCCAACUUCAUUUCCUUGGGAACUGAAGCUUCAAUCCUGUCAUCAUACUUCUUAUAGUUUAAAUUUUUCUUCUAAUCCUAAUUUACUUUCCAUCAUCACAGACCUUUUAUAUUCUACUAACACCAUAUAUCGCUACAAAGCGGUUACUGCAAAUUACCGUAGUUCUGUUUCAUUGUGUAUGUUCUUGAUGGAAUAUUUUUUUAAUAGUAUUUUUGCCUCUAUGUGUUUGAUGACAAUUUUUCAAAAAAAGGGAAUAAAAUUAUUUUCAAAAGUG